AUGGAGAAUUACAUCCGGGGAUUAGAAUCUUUAGGUGAAUGUCAGAACUCUUAUGGAGAUUUACUUGUACCUAUAAUCAUGAAAAAAUUUCCUGCCGAAUUACGACGGAAUUUAGCGCGAGAACACGGAAACGCACGAUGGCAACUGCAAGAUUUGAGAGCAGCUAUAGCCAGAGAAAUUAACAUUUUAGAAGUGGAAGAGCUUGUUGAGAAACUGAAAUUAAAACACACCGGUUCGGACACUAUAUCUUUAGCAUCUUUUGGUGGUAAAUCAGAACAGUGUCGUUAUAUACCCACGGGCAGAGUGUUUCUACACGUCGAACAGGGAGAUACCAUACCGCUAGACGUACUUAUUUUACCGACCAUUGCCUUGCCAUUACUAAACUUACAGCAAGAAGUGAAAUGCAUGAACUAUAUUAGAGGUCUUAAACUUGCGCAUCCUAUUUCUGACGCUGACGACGAUUUCGAUGUAUCGCUUUUGAUUGGAUCCGAUUACUAUUGGCAGAUCGUCCAGAAUGAGGUCGUCAGGGGUAACGGACCGACGGCAGUGAAAUCAAAGAUCGGGUAUCUACUGUCAGGACCACUUCCGGUUGCUAAUAAAAAUUCGUCUGCUAGCUACAUGUUUAAUGUCAUUACAGCGCCACCUAAUGUCACAGACCUUGAGAGAUUUUGGAAGCUCGAAUCAAUGGGGAUAUCUGAAGAUGAGGCUGAAACAUCUACUUCUGGUAUACUAAACACCUAUAAAGAAAACUGUAUCACGUACAAAGAUGGGCGUUAUGUGGCCAAGCUGUCUUGGAAAGAAGAUUACCCCGUGCUUCCUACCAACUACGAAGUUUGCAAGAGACGUACAGAGAACACAAUUAGACGACUUUCAACAGAACCGGAUUUACUGAAAAAAUAUGGACAAAUCACAGACGAUCAGUUAAAACGCGGAUUUAUUGAGAUAUGUGAUGCAGACGCCACCCCCACCCACCCUGUACAUUACAUACCAAAUCAUCACGUAAAGAAGGAAUCAAACACAACACCUAUCCGUAUCGUGUAUGACUGCAGUUGUAAAUCACGUGACCAGCCUAGUUUGAACGAUUGCCUGUUGUCUACACCACCUGAAUUGAAUGAUUUGACUGGAAUUCUACUUCGUUUUCGAAUGAAUAGAUACGCCAUAGCAACAGACAUAGAAAAGGCUUUUCUUAAUAUUGGUCUAGACUAG